AUGAUGCUCCUUUUACACUUGACUGCUUACAUAUAUGCUUUGGAAUAGAAGUACGGUGGUCUGAGCGCUAUGGAGUCAUGGAUUUCAACAUGAUGUCGUUUAUUUACUUUAAUACAUUGUACGUCUACUUGAAUGGAGGACGUUUCUCAUAAGGGCUCUCCAUAUAUUUCAUUUCCUGUAAAAAUCGGGUGUUUAAAAACUCAGAAAAAGUACUAACUGUAAAGAUCAGUGUUAAACUGACUGAGAAACGAGGAGAGGUUUCAGCCACUUUAAACGUCUAAUUAUGGAGUCCCUGGAAUCUUUGUUGGCAGAUGUUUUUGCAGAAAUUAUGCUUUUUUCUGUCCUGUGAUUGAGUACGGGUUCGUCCCUUCUUCUGCGUGUUGUUCUCCCCGACUAUAUAUAGAGUGAAGAGAUGUGUUCAAGAUCAUUUGAUGCCCAGAAGAUUUGAAGCAGCAGAUUAUAUUCCCGGCCAAAUAUGCCUCAAGGCUUGGCCACAGUGUGUUGGUGCUGGAUCUAAUUAGGAGGUAGGAGGCAACGUGAGGUGGCCACAUGGAAAAUCAGGAGGGCUGGUUGACCCUGAGUGGAAAUCCUCUGCAUGCGAUGGAGCUUGGCUAUCAUCAAAUAAUGACACUGGCACCGUGAGAGGUAAUAGUUCCUGACAAACCUGUAUGAGAUCCAACCUGCUUUCAUAUUUAAUUAAAAUACAGGCGAACAUAUAGUUUGAGUCAGUUCGGUAGCCUGAGGUAAUAGCUAGCUAAGACUAUCAAGCUAAUGUAGGAUUAACUAUCCAGAUUGUAUAGGAUUGCUGCGCUUAUUUAGUUAGUGGUGGAGGGAGAGUAUGAAAGAUGAAUGCUUCCAAAGGGUUUUCGCUCUCCGUCAGAGUUAGUUUAGACUUGUUCCAGCCAGCUAUGAAUCAGUGGAGCCUGGAGGCACCUUACUCAUCUCGAUCAGAUCAUAACAGCUCGUGUAUGGCUGCCAAAAAUACCGUGCCAGUUAUAACCUAUGGAGUUCUGUUGAUUCUCGGAAAGUUUUCCACCUUACAAGUGGCGGCUGUUGUUUUGGUUCAACCUGACGAACGGCACUGCACCUCCUUGGUUCAGCCGUUGUUUUUGGCCGUACACACGUGUGAUGUGUGACACAGUGGGUGGAGGCAAGGUGCUUAAAUAAGCGGCUCCCACAGAUCACCCCUGUAACUUGAGAGGUGGGCUAUAAAUACCACUAACCUUUCCCGUGUGCCUGUUUGCUCCACUCUGGGUACAGAUGGGGUUCAGUCAAACCACCGGACAAUACGUCUUUGGGCACAGGGCAGCGGCCUACCGCUCCGCUGUCGGGUCUUUGGUCCAUAGUAAAUUCUUCGCAGUGUAAAGAAAUGCAGAAGGGGGACAUUUGGUCGGGGUUGAAGCGCGUGGAUGUUUGGCUUGGCUCAGCUGUGAAGACAUGCCCCAGCUAACGAGUUUGUUGCGGUGGAUUGAAUGCAGAGUGACACUCAGAUUUCUGCAGGGUCGGCAGCGGCGCCUCUUCCUUCCAGCCCAUCCGCAGUCAGAUUCCCAUCCCCACCGCGCAUGUCAUGCCCUCCACGGCCGCCGAGCCCCACCUCCGCGCCCUGGAGGAGCCCCAGGCCAGCGCUGAGCUCCACAGGACCUCCUCGGCCUCCAGGACCUCCAGCAGCUCCAGCUCCAACUCCAAGUCCUCCUCGCUCUCCAAGUCCGCCUCCUCGCCAAACUUGGACGCUCAGGGCGGCGGCGGCGGGGGGGGGGGGGACCCCGCGGGGCCCAAGCCCGACUGCCUGAGCAGGUUCCGCAGCCUCGUCAACGGACUGGACCACUCGCUCUUCCCCUCGGGGGAGCACACCCGCUUCGACGAGAGCCAGAGGUUCGACACCCCCUCGGUGGAGCCCACGCUCAACCAGACGGCCCUGACGGGCGGGAUGUGUCCCGACGGGAGGCUCAGGAUGCAGUCCCACGGCCGCGGCACGGAGGCCUACAAAGGCAGCCUGGAGAACUCUUACAAAGCGCUCCCGGAGGCCUGCAGGGCCGGCCAGGCCGGGGCGGCCGGCCCGGCGGGCCUUUACCCCAUUUCCCUGGGCCCUCUGCAGGCACAGGCUCUGCAGAGGGAGCACGCGGCGGCGGCGGCGGCCAACGCCUACGAAGCGCAGAGCCUUCAGGACGCGUGCAGCGCCCUGUCCAGCUGUCACCAGCAGCAGCAGCACAAGCAGCAGCUGGAGAGCCUGCGACUGCAGGUGGAACAAAUGCAGUUAAUGUCCUCUGGGCUGGGCAUCAAUGUCCCGUACCCUUCGUUGUACUCCGCUCCCCUGCACCCUGAGGCCGCGAAGUGGGAGACUCUGGUCAAAGCCAACGAGGGGCUGCUGAAGGAGAAGGAGAUCCUGAUCGAGAGGCAGAAGCAGCACAUGGUCCAGCUGGAGCAGCGCCUUCGGGACAGCGAGCUGCAGGUCCACGGGGCCCUCCUGGGCCGAGGGGCCCCCUACGCCGACGUGUGCAUGCUCCGGCUGCAGGAGGCCCAGCGGGAGAACGCCUUCCUCCGGGCUCAGUUUGCCGAGCGGGCCGACUGCGCCGCCAUGGAGCAGGCGGAGGCGGAGCGCCGACUGGGCGGCGUGGAGGCGGAGACGCGGCACCUGACGGACGCGUUGAGGGAGAGCGGCGAGAGGCACGGCGAGGAGCUGAGGAAGCAGGAGGAGAGGAUCCGCAGUCGAGACAAGCACAUCAACAACCUGAAGAAGAAGUGCCAGAAGGAGGCGGAGCAGAACCGAGAGAAGCAGCAGCGCAUCGAGACCCUGGAGCGCUACCUCGCGGACCUGCCCACCAUGGAGGACUACCAGAGCCAGAACAAAGAGCUGCUGCAGACGGAGGAGAAGGCGGCCCAGCUGCAGGCCCGGCUCCGGGAGCUGGGGGUGAGCCUGGAGGAGGCCCGGUCCCACGCCCGGGAGAAGGACGCGCUGCUGGAGGACCAGCGGCGCAAGGAGCGGGAGCUUCUGACCACCGUCACCAGUCUGCAGGAGCGGGUGCAGGAGGGACUGGAGGACGGGGCCCGACUGCCUUCCCUGGACGCCGAGACGCUCCGGGCGGAGAACGGCGUCCUGAGGGACGAGCAGCAGAGGCUCAAGAAGGUCAUAGAGAAGCAGCACCGGAUGAUGGAACAGCUCGGAUCCCAGCUUCGGGCUCUAGAGGAGCAGGUGUCUCAGGAGGACGGCGGCUCCCAGGCGCUCCGAGAGGAGGUGUUCUCCAAGGAACGGAGCCUGCUAGAGCUCCGCGCCGCCAUGAAGGAGCUCUGCGUCCAGAACCAGGACCUGAUGGAGCAGAACCUCACGCUGCAGGAGAGGACGGCGGACGGCGAGUGGAAGCGGCGGGCCUCGUCGGGCCCGCAGCCCGCGGCGGCCCGCCUCACGCAGCGCCUGCACGGCGAGAUGUCCUCGUGCCUGGGCGACCUGCGCUCGCUGUGCAACGUGCUGACUCAGCGCUCCCAGGGCCAGGACCCCAACCUCUCGCUCCUGCUGGGCAUCGCGGGCCCCCCCGCGGCGGGAGAGCAGCUGGAGGACUGGCUGAGCCCGGAGGUGUUGCAGAAGAAGCUGGUCGAGGCGAAGCAGCUCCGCCGGGACGUGGAGGAGCUACGCACCACCGUCUCCGAUCGCUACGCCCAGGACAUGGGCGAGAACUGCACCACCCAAUGACCGCCCUCCAGUGAGCCGUUAUGAAUGAACUCUGGACGCGCACCGGUAACCCCUUUUUUAACAGUGUUUUUUUUUUCUCGGCCCCGAGCUGUGCUCCAACACGUGUUUUUCUGGAGGGUCCCGGUGGUGUGGGACUCGUCCCACAGAUAAUCGUUUCAGUCCGACCUCUUGUUAAUGGAAGGAACUGAGCGCUCGUGACGGAUGCGUCAGUGCCCCGUGUGUUUUUCUUUCUGUUGGAUGGUUUUAUUACGCUUGCCGAAAAAGUUUUAUUUUUUUUGUCAAGGAUGUAUCGAUUUUUGUCUUCUUAUAUCACUAACUAUCCCCGUAGGUAUAACUUAUUAAUAUCUUACUUUCUCUCUUGGAGGGGAAAACAGGACGUGGUUGACAAUCAACUGGAGCUAACGUGUUUUUUGUUUUUGAGUGCAUUAAACUGGAAUGGUUACAUUUUAUGCCAUUAUUGAAGAUGGCGGACGGUGUAGUAUUACAGACGACGGUAGCAGUGCUGGGAGUUUUCAAGAAAGAACAUUUUAGCAGAGGUAUUUUCUCCUUGAAUUAAGUGUGUGUUCUUCCAAAGUAAGGCCGUGUUUUGAGUGAAUUCAUCCAAAGCAUGCCACUGCUUGUGAUGUUUCUAAAUUCAAUUAAUUUAGACUUUAAAGCGCAAUUGGCCGUUAACUCUUUAAUCUCCCACCUUUUUGGUGUAUCAGCAAACAUAAUAAUCAGUACAUUCCCAGACUGUGAUUGUAACAAAUACUCCAGGGCUAUCCCGAGGCCUGAAGGGGCCUGUUCACUGUUCUUUGUAGAAACAUGAACUGUGUAAGAGCAGCUACAUCCUGUGAUUCUAGGUAGACUCAGCCCUAUCUAGAGGAUGUCACUCAGCGUUUACGUUUCAAUUGGUUUAUAUAGGAUAGCGACUCUUUGUAUAGGCAGGAUAAACACUACACUUGGAUUUAGUCUUUUUUUGUUGUGUGUUGUUGCUUAUUAUUCUGGUAAUUGGUUAUAAUUCAAUAUACUUGAUAUCAAGCACAGGAUCUAUUGAGGAGCCUUAACAGUGUUGGCUAGCUAACAUUUGUUUUAUUUGUUUUGCAGUCUGCUACCACAUGCCUUACCAUUUCUAAUGUUUGUCAAAUGGAAGAGAUGUUUAUAUUUUCAUAUGGUUGCCCUUGACUCGAAACUUAGAAAUAAAGACUUUAUUAAAAACUA